UCUGUGACUCCCUCUCUUUCUCCUGCUCUCCUCCAUCCCUCUCUUCACAUCUUCCCAGCUGAAGCGAGCAGCAGCAGCAUCAUCUCUCCACAGCUGCAGGUUUCACGACUGGGAUUAAUCCAUUCUGAUCACUAUUUUGGAGUAAUCAGAAAAGAAGAAGCAGCGAAGCUGAACGCAGAGGACAUUCUGUAGAUUAUAUCAGAAGCACAACUGCCGUCAAUUCGUGGGAAAGAGAAGUCCAGCAGCAGGCGCCGUCGAGUUAAAGGAGAAAAUAAACGAGUGUGAGAGCAGUGGUGUUUGGUUGCAGCCUGAAUUAAAGCCAGAAGAGGAAGCGCACUGCCAGCUUGUGCCUGGCUGCCGUAGCCAUGAGUCGGAGGGAAGCUUUGGUGGGAAACCCAGCCCCCAGCGCAGGGCCUGAAACCCUCUCUAACAGCACAGAGCCUGCCGCCCCUGGAGGCGGUGGUCCGAAGGAUGAGGCCUUCUCCAAACUCAAAGACAAGUUCAUGAACGAGCUCAACAAAAUACCAUUGCCAUCAUGGGCUAUUGUGGCUAUUGCAUUUGUGGCCGUCGUGCUAGUUGUGUCCUGCUGCUUCUGCAUCUGCAAAAAGUGGAUAUUCAAGAAGAAGAACAAGAAAAAGGGCAAGGACAAGGGCAAGAAUGCCAUUAAUAUGAAGGAUGUCAUAGAUGGGACCAAAACCGAGGCCCUGAAGGACGAAGAUGAAGUGGAAACAGGGCUGACAGAGAACGAGAAGGAGGCGGAGCCUAAGGAGCAGGAAAAACUAGGCAAAUUACAGUAUUCCUUGGAUUACAAUUUCACCGAGAACACGCUCAUAGUGGGGAUCAUCCAGGCGGCUGAAUUGCCCGCCAUGGACAUGGGUGGCACCUCUGACCCCUAUGUAAAGGUCUACCUGCUGCCAGACAAGAAGAAGAAGUUUGAGACUAAAGUCCACCGGAAGACCCUGAACCCCACCUUCAACGAGCAGUUCACUUUCAAGGUUCCUUACACAGAGCUGGGAGGAAAAACCCUGGUGAUGACGGUGUAUGACUUUGACCGUUUCUCUAAACAUGACGCCAUUGGAGAUGUCAAGGUCCCCAUGAACAAGGUGGACUUUAGUCAUGUGACCGAGGAGUGGCGGGACCUCCAGAGUGCUGAGAAAGAAGAACAAGAGAAGCUUGGAGACAUUUGUUUCUCUCUUCGCUACGUGCCUACUGCUGGAAAACUGACCGUAGUUAUCCUGGAGGCUAAGAACCUGAAGAAGAUGGAUGUGGGAGGCCUGUCAGAUCCAUAUGUGAAGAUUCACCUGAUGCAGAACGGAAAGCGUCUGAAGAAGAAAAAGACGACAAUCAAAAAGAACACCCUCAACCCCUAUUACAAUGAAUCUUUCAGUUUCGAAGUGCCAUUUGAACAAAUCCAGAAAGUUCAAAUUGUUAUAACUGUUCUGGACUAUGACAAGAUCGGCAAGAAUGAUGCCAUUGGAAAAGUGUUUGUGGGGCUGAACAGCACAGGAACGGAGCUUCGCCAUUGGUCGGAUAUGCUGGCCAAUCCACGGAGACCCAUCGCCCAGUGGCAUGUCCUCAAGCCCGAGGAGGAAGUGGACGCCCAAUUGGCCGUUAAGAAAUAAAGAAAUCCCCCCAAGCCCUGCCUACAUAGUGCUCCUAACCCAGUGUGUACAUACCUCAGUGAUUAUAUGGAUCCUUCACACCCUCUAAAUCUUCUCUUGUCUGACAAAAUGCCUUCUUUUAUAAUAGUUAUUGGUAUUUUGAUUGCCCCCUCAAUAUACACUCACAUAAACACACACAGAGUUGAAAGUUGUGUUUCUAUGUGCGUUUCUCUAUGUCCCUUUCCCCUCCUCUGUUUGUUCUGACCAUCAUCCAUCCAUCACCUUUAACCCCAGACCAAAAUGCCCCCUUCUUUUAAGCAAUAUGAUCUUGUGUAGAUAGCGCAUGAAUGGAAAAAGUGUACCACAAGGUGUAUAUAUCAGUAUGCAGACAAAAAUGAUUUCUAGUUUUUGUGUUUAUAUGUUGUUACCCGUUUCCUAAUCUGUGUACAUGUUGAUGUUUUUAAUAAGAUGUUCUAUUUUAAAUUAUGUAAAUGCAGAUAUAGAAGAGCCAAUAUUAUAUAUAUAUAUGAACAGGAUUUAAGAAUUCUACCUUAUUGCAUUCCAGUAAA